AUGGUUCGGGAGUUGAAGCUCGAUGCCGAGUCUAGCAAGGAGGGCGACAACGCCACAGGAACACAGCCUGUGCAAUCUACAACAGUGGACACGCUCCUCGGGCGCAUAAAGGCAUGCCAGAUGGCUGCAAGAGUGGAGGCAACGCUAUACUGGGAGACGGAGCUGAGCAUCAUGCGUGAGAUAUCGGUGGGCAGGUCGGAGGUGCGGUUCAUGAUACGCACCAAGAACGAGCGGGAGAUCAAGGUGCUGCCGAUGUGGGCGGCCAAGGCGUGGAACCCGCGAGGUACGGUCCCUUCGCAGACGUUGUGGAGGUUUCUGCUCUUGAAGGUGCGCACGCUACUCUCCCACCACUCUCUCUUGCGCGGUCAAAGCAUCCGCAAGAUCACGCUCCCUGACAUAUUCUUGUACCGAAUGGCGAGCACCUUGUCGGUGAACUCGGAGAACCAGCCGGUCGUCAUGGUCAUCGCUGCGCGGAACUCAAAGACGUCCAAGGAUGCGCAUCUGCAGCAGAGCUACGCUGCGCGGCAACUCGAAGCGGAGUUGUGCGCCGUCGGCGAGACGGGCCUGUGGUUGCACUUUAUCCUCGACCAGAUCGGCCAGUUUCACGGCGUCCACCUCAUUCCGCCGGUGGACACUAGCACACGCGUGAGCUGGUACAAGAAGCACCUCUUCUUCGCCAAAAACGACACCGACCAAGGGGAGCUCUCCGCGGCAAGCCACGACGCGGCAGUUGAGCUGGCCAUCGACGGCACGCCACGCGCCGAGAUCGCGGAGCUGGGUCACUGGGCGCUCGACAAGAUGAUGCGAGCGUACAUCACCGCCAUCCCGGUGGGGGUGGUGAUGAAGAAGGCCGGUUACUCUGGUUACAAGCAAGACUACUUCUUGGGUCGGAGCAGGGUGGAGCCCUCCGAGAAGCUCCUGAAGCUCCUUGCUGAGCACAUCUUCCCCGGCGUCGACGACAUGUUGAAGAUGGCGAAAGGGAAGGCUGCCAAUGGGUCCGACGCCGACAAAGCCGCGGUGCACUUCUGGCGCACACUCCAGAUGCUGCGCCGCAUCGUCGCCGAGGACCUAGCGGUGAAGCUGGUCCGCACACCAUGGCACCCCACGGAGAGUGCCGGAGGCCCCGCCAUCGGCUACCGCGCAAGCUCCAAGUUCGGCGAGCCGGGCUUCGUCGACCGCCACACCCUCCUGUUAAGCGCGACGCAGGGUGCACUCAACAUGAGGGUGCGCCACAUGUUGAGGGUCAUGGAUGCGGUGCGCCAGCUACGCGCGAGCGACAGUGACGCUGACACCGAGGCCGUGGUCGAUGCACUGCACAGGAUCGCGGCACCGGGCAUCGGGACCUUUGCCGAUGCCCUCACGGUGCUCAAACCGGGAACGGCACCGAUGUUGUCCAAGGAGCCUGGCAUGGGAGUCAAGGGGCUGGGCCCCAAGGUGGUCUCAAAGCUACGCCUCGCCUGUGAGCUUGUGGCGCUCAACCUGAAGCCGGCGGUUUGGGUAAAAACCCUGUUUCCAGACACCUGGGUGGAGCAGAUGCCGAAGACCAAGGCCGAUCUGGCGAAGCCAACCGCACUGGUGCACCGUCCUCCGACCAAGCGCAAGAAGUCGGCAUAA